AUGAAAAGGCUUACUAACGCAUUCUGUGUAAUAGUCCCUGAUGAACAGCUGAACAAGGUGUACCAGCAUGUUGUCCACACUAUGGAUUCACUGCUGAUCCCCAAGAUAUUAAAGUUGCAGAAUCCCAUCCACGAGAGCGCUUGGCAAGUCCACCUUGGCGAUACAGACAUGUAUGCCGAGUACAUGCGCUUCUUUGACCGUCAGAUUCUGUGUCAUGGUGUUGAUAAUGCAAUGAAGCAAUACUAUUAUAACAGCCCUCUUGCUCAUUCUGUAGGGUCACAUCGUUUGCCAGUCGCUCACCUGGCGCUUGGCGUCAAAUACAACUUGAAUGAGCUCAUUGCACAGGCCUUGGCUUAUUUGGUUACCACAUUUCAAGACAGCAGCUUCUUGAAGAGUCAGCCAGCUUCACUGUGCAAUAGUGGUUACCUGACUGCCUAUCAAAUCCUAACAGAUCAAGUCAGAGUGGAUCCACGCUUUGGAGCAACCCAUGAUGCAAUUGCUACAAACCAAGUUGAUCAUCAGCAAGUGCAAUUGCCACAAUGCAAAAAGGUUUUUAAACAUACAAAGGAACUGCUGCAGACCUAUACAUACCUAUGGAAGGUACCUGAUAAUGUACACGAUGCACUCAAUGAACUACGGUUGGUAGCAGCGCACAUGAUGAUCUCGCCUGUCAAGAGUGGCUUCAGACGGCAGAACAUGGAUAUGGGCACUGGAGGGACAUUGCUCAACACGAUAAAUGCUAUUGAUAUUCUCUAUCCCAAUAAUAGCUGCCCUAGAGACAUUUUGCUUGUACAGUUUCUCAAUGUCAUAUGCUACUACAUUGCACUUGGACGCCCCAACAUCCUGGGUCUCUGCAGCAACAAUGGCAAACACAAGCAAAUCAAUGAAUAUGCUACCAUUCAAAAGAUGAUUGAUAGUAACAAGAUCGACACUGUCACCGUCUCUGCUUUAUUGGCACUAAAGGAAGCACAAACCUAUCAUCUCCACCCAGUUUAUAGCAAGGUUUCCAACUAUUUACAGUAA